UUGACACACACGAGACGAGCGAUUUUGUUGAUACCUCCUGCAUCGAAAAACUCCUUUCAGUGACUUUUGGUUCAUACGGUGAAACUUUUGCGACACCUACUGUUCCUUUUUGAGAGGUGCAUUCAUCCGGCGAUGGAAUUCAUAGAAAACGUGCUAUCGUUUUCUUAUUUUACGACCAUCUCUCACGGCCUGUUCAUUGCUGUGGUGAUACCGGUGCUGUUUCUGUGGAAAGGAACAGUUCAUGGCCUACAGGAGAAGUGGCAUGGUUCCAGUCUGGAUAUUGUGCAUCAGGGGGCCAGGAUUACUGAACUCAACUUGCAGAACAAGAAACUGCAGGAUGAGCUCCAGGCUUCCAGGCAUUCCCAGCUUGCAGCGGAACAAGAAAACCUCAUUCUGAAGGCCACGAUUUACACACUACAAAGGCAAAACAACAGCAAGGAGGAGAGAAUCAAAUUUCUCAACAAGAAACUGUCACAACAGACUGACAUGGUGAUCAUCCAGAUUGAACCGGAGAGCCAGCCUCUUGAGCCUAGAGAUGGUAGUGCCCAGUACAUCACAGUUCUUCAGCACAAGCUCUCUGUGCUGGAAAACAAGGAAAUGUCCUACAAGACCAGGAUUGCCUCUUUGGAAAUGGCCGCCCAUAAGAGACUUAUCAAAUCAUCAGCCUUACACAGACAGCUUGCGCACAAAAGUGAUGAGGUCUUUUUCCUCCAUCAUAGGCUUAUGGAGAGCAUGAAGAGGGUAGCUGUGAUGAGGGGAACCCGUUUUGUCCCCCCACCUCUUCACCGCCAGAACCAGAAGUCCAAAUACGGAAGAGUGAGAGACAGCUGGAACAAGAUCCUGACCAGGACUCGCCUUCAUGUGAUUCCUGAGGAGAGAAGGGAUGUUGUAGGCCUACCGAUGAUGAACCCCAGAAUGGCUGCACCUCACCAGGCCACCAGAAUGGCUGCACCUCACCAGGCCACCAGAAUGGCUGCACCUCACCAGGCCACCAGAAUGGCUGCAUCCAACAGGGCCAACAGAAUGGCUGCAUCCAACAGGGCCAACAGAAUGGCUGCACCUCACCGCGCAUCCAACGCAACAGCUGCAGCUCACCGUGCCUCCUUCCACCUGUAGUGAUCCCAGCAGCUCCCUUCACCUCCCCCAUCUUCUCCACUGUUGCCCCAAAUCAUGACUGUGACUACAUCCAUUACCGCCACCGUUGCCCCAAAUCAUGACUGUGACCACAUCCAUUACUGCCACCAUUGCCCCAAAUCAUGACUGUGACUACAUCCAUUACUGCCACCGUCGCCCCAAAUUAUGGCUAUGUCUGGCUAUGCACACUUACUGUGUAUAUGGGCUGUAGGACUCGCUUCCAGUCUCUUCCAGACUGACAUCCAGAUUCAAGACCGUUUUUCAAUGGCCUUGCCAGCCCUGAUUAUAUGUAAAUUAAGUUUCAGUGAAGUUUUCUAAACCAAUUUGCCUAUAUUAUUAUUAUUAUGAUUAUUAUUGUUACUGUUAGUAUUAUUAUUAUCAUUAUUAUUAUUAUUAUUAUUAUUAAAUUGCUAUUAAUUCCAAA